CUACACAAAAUCCUGUUGGAUGGUGUAAAGUAAAGUUUUUAUGGUAGAGUUUUACGCGAUGACUUUUCUUUAGAAUAUAUAUAUAUAUAUAUAUAUAUUUUUAAUGGAAUUUGAAUAAAUUUUGAUCAAUAGGUAACUAAAAAACUCAAGUAAACACAUUUCUUUAUUGUGAUCUUUCAAGUACUUAUAUAUAAGUUAUGUCAAUCGGCCGAGGCAAAACAACAUAAACAAAGCGAGACCAUUUUUAUGUCUAUACGGUUUAAACAAAACUUGUAAUAGUGGUUUUUUGGUGAUAGAAUACGAGGGUGAAUCUAGUGCAAUAAACGUGAAAAUUUAAAGGACUGUUUAGUUAAUGUUAAAAUAAUAAGAUAAAACAAAAAAAAACUUUUGUUUAAUAUCACAAUACUGGAGAAAUAAAUUGAUGAGUUGCAUGCGUUGUGUAUGCGUUCCAUUGUUAGACGCUUAAGAGUUUUAAUGCACUCUGACUGUUGAUAUUGUGAAUUCUUAUACGUAAGGAAUUUAUCUAAACAAAUAGUUUCGGUUAAUGGAUGAAUCUAGCAGAAUGCUACAACACGGUGGAUCCAGCGUUGGUUUAAUGGGUGGAAACCAAGGGCAAGGAGGACCAAAUACUGGUGCAUACGGAAAUAUGGGUCCUACUGAUGGAUCUGCCUCUCAAGGAGGAGAUCAAGCUGUAGAGGCCAGAAAGCAAGAUAUUGGUGAAAUUCUUCAAUCAAUUAUGAAUAUUACAGAUCAAAGCUUGGAUGAGGCACAAGCAAGAAAACAUACAUUGAAUUGCCACAGAAUGAAGCCUGCUUUAUUCUCUGUUCUCUGCGAAAUAAAAGAGAAAACUGUUCUCUCACUAAGAAAUACUCAAGAGGAAGAACCACCUGAUCCUCAAUUAAUGAGGUUAGACAAUAUGCUAAUAGCAGAGGGUGUAGCAGGUCCUGAAAAAGGUGGAGGAGCGGGUGCUGCAGCUUCAGCAUCUGCGGCAGCAGCUGCAGGUCCUCCUGGUCAGCCCGAUAACGCUAUUGAACAUUCUGAUUAUCGUGCUAAACUUGCUCAAAUAAGACAAAUAUAUCAUCAGGAACUGGAAAAAUACGAACAGGCAUGUAAUGAAUUUACAACACACGUAAUGAAUUUACUGAGAGAACAAAGUCGCACAAGGCCUAUUACACCGAAAGAAAUUGAGAGAAUGGUUCAAAUAAUUCACAAAAAGUUUUCAAGUAUUCAAAUGCAAUUGAAGCAAUCUACUUGUGAAGCGGUUAUGAUUUUGAGGAGUCGAUUUCUCGAUGCCAGACGUAAGAGACGUAACUUCAGCAAGCAAGCGUCAGAAAUUUUGAAUGAAUACUUCUACUCACAUUUGAGUAAUCCUUAUCCUAGUGAAGAAGCAAAAGAAGAACUUGCACGAAAGUGUGGAAUCACUGUUAGUCAGGUGUCAAAUUGGUUUGGAAAUAAACGAAUUCGUUAUAAGAAAAAUAUAGGCAAAGCUCAGGAGGAAGCAAACCUGUAUGCAGCUAAGAAAGCAGCAGGAGCAUCACCAUACAGCAUGGGUGGUGCUAGUCAAGGGACACCAACGCCAAUGAUGUCACCAGCGCCACCUGGAGGACCUCAUGACAUGGCAGGCUAUGGAAUAGAAAUAAAUGGCGGUGACUAUGGUUCUCAGCCAUAUAACGACGGUUCCAUUUAUCCCAUAAACCAGGAACUAUCACCUUGAAAUUCUUAAGGAAACAAUGGAAGCAUAUAAAACAUAAAAAGGGGAAACUUUCCGCGAAAUUUGAUCACCUUUCUAAUCUGUGAUCUUUAAGGCUCACCAAAUGGCGAGAAAUACGAACUGCAAUCGAUAUUAAGCUCUAAAAUUACUAUAAAUCUUAUUGGUCUAGGAGUGUUCUACAGUAUAGCUAUAAAAAAAAUAAUAAAUGAGUAUUAUAAGAACAAUUUAUUUAAAUCAGUAGAAUUCAUUAUUUAUUUCAAUUUUUGCUUUCUAAACUGAUUUAUUUUAAUAGUUUAAUAAGUAGCAAAAAAAAUUAUAGGUUAUGUUUUUUUCGAAUGAAAAUACAUACAAUUCUCAAUAAAAACCAUUUCUUUACAUUAAAAAUAUUAAAUAGCAACUGUUUUUUUAAUUUUAAAUCAAAAUAAACUUUUAAUCAUGAUAAAACUAUAUCGUAAACAUAACCUAUAAUUUAUUUGCUUCUUCAGAGCGCAUUCACAUUUAAAUAUAAUUUUUUUUUCUUUUCUGUCUAUUGCUAAAUUAUAAAUUUAAAUGUUGGAAAAAAAAUUAGCUAUUAUAUUUCUUAAUUCUUUAUCGCUGUGCCGCAGAUUUAAAUUACAUGGGUAAAAAAUAGUUCCUCAUUUGUGUAAUUUUAUGAUUUUGUGUAGUAGAAAUGCUUCAUUAUAUUAUGCAAAAUAGUGCGUAUUAAAGUAAAUGGAAGAUGGCGAGUUUUACCAUUUUUUUUUUCAUGAAAAAAUGACGAACUGAUAAAACACAGAUUUUGUUAAAUUUUGUCAUUUAGAUGUGUUCUUUAAAUAAGCGAAUCAAAAAAAUUUUUAAAAACUAAAGUAUUUUGCAAGAUAUUUACAAAGUAAUUAUAACACUUUUGCAGGAAUUUGUAGAAAUUUUUUUAGAGAAAAAGUUUUAUAAUAAUUAUAAUUAUAAUAAUAAUAAUAAUAAUAAUAAUAAUUGAAAUUGAAUAUUAAUUUCAUGAAAGAAUAAACAAUUUUUUAUUGUUGAUUUUCUGAACAUUUCCAAAUGACAAAAUAUAAAUAAAAUUUUCUAUUAUAUCUUAGAAAGAAAAAUUUUUUCGUUUUGAAAUAACUACAGUUACAAGUUGCUUCAUAUUGAUACAUAUUUCUAUUGUAGGAAAUAUUUUUGAUUUACAAUUUUAUUUCUUUUUUUAUAGAACGCACGAAUAUUUCCCACACUGAAUUUAUUUGAAAUUUCUAUGGUGUCAAAACAUAAUUAUUCUUUAAUCUAAUUAAAUUUUGAAAGAAUUUAAAAGGAUUAAAAUUUAACCAAAUUUUAAAAUUCGCGCAAAAACUUUUGUCCCGGAUGGUCAAAUGAAAAUUUGGUGAUUUGUUAAUUCAGUCAAAUGACAGUUCAUACAAAUGAAACUUACGACAAAUAAAGUUUCGAUAAAAUAGAAAUUCUGCUAUUUAAAAAUUUGACUAAGUAGAAAUUCCAUUAAAAGAAAAUUCCGCCAAAUAAUAAUUCGUUAUUAUAAUAAUUUAUAAUAAUUCGUAUAAAGUUUGUAAAAUAAAAAUUUUGUUAAAUAGAAAUUAUAUUAGAUAAAAAUUCGAUGAACUAAAGGAAUCUGUUUAAAAGUUCGACUAUAAGAACACCGUUUAAUUUCCAACAAAUUUAGUGUGGGAAAUAUUAAAAUCCUUUAAAAUUAUAAUAAUCGUACAAAUCAUUAUAUAUACUGUCAAUGAAAGGUCUUUAUUUAAUAAAGAAUCUCAAUGCAAAUGAAUAUCCGAUUUUUAUGCUAAAAUAAAGAAAAAAAAUUCUAUUAUCUUCUCAAGAAUUUUAAUAUUGCAAACUAUUAGAAUAAGAUAUAUAAUUGUGAAAGAUGUAGUUGUUAGGAUUAGAAUAUUUUAGAAGUCUGAAAAACACUCCUAGGCAUUUUACCGCGGCUUUAAUGGAAAAUUUCAAAUAAAGCUUUUAUAACAUGAAUUGUUAUUUGAAUAACAAUGGAAGAUACGAAAAAAAUACAAACUAAACACUUUGGUCAUUAGACUCAACAUGAAUGAUGUAUACGAUUUUUCAAACCUAUGGUUACAAAAAAAGAUAGUUUUUAGGAAAAUGUAAUGAAGUAGUGGAAAGUGGUACACAGGUGGAAUUAGAAGAAUUUCAAAAUUAAAUUUCAUCAUUUUUAUAUUUAAUAAGACAGUAUUUUUAUCUUGUCUUUCGUUGUCUUUUUAAAAAAUUAAAAAUAUUGUAAAUCUCAAUUUUAUUCACUUUUCGAUGGACCAUGAAAUAAAGAUAUAAAAAUAUGUAAUAUUUUACAAAAAAAAAAAAAUUAUUAUUUCACAUUAAAUAGUUUUUGAAUUUGAAGAACAUGGAAGAAACACGUGCACCACUUUUCUCUAACAAAAUCAUUUAAAACGACGGAAUCUAAUAUAUUACCUACUGUUUCGACUAUUAUUAUUGGAAUAUCAUUUAUAUUUAUUAGGGCAACUAUUAAUCAUAAUUAUGAACUUAUUUAAAAUGUCCUUUAAUAUACUUGUAUUCUUUUUUUUUAUCUCCACCACCGCUGCCUACUACUACGAUAUCACCAUUUAUCACUAAUAUUACAUACAUUAAUAUUUUAUAUUAUUAUUACUUUAUUAUUAUAAUUAUUAUUAUUACUAUUAUUUUAAAAAAAAAGAUGUAAAAACUAUCAACAUAAAAUUAUAAUUGCCUCCGAUAAAUUGAUAUUUUGUACUUCUUAUUAAUAUAUUCAUUGAGUGAUAAAAUCAGAAUUACUUUUGUAUUUGAUUAAUCAUACUUACGUUGUAAAAUUAAUUGUUUUGAUUUUUCAAUAAUACAAUGUAAAACAAAAUAAUUAUUAUGGAUUCAUGUAAAGAAAGAUAUCGGCAAAUAUUUAACUUCCAUAGGCACUACAUUCUGUUUGUGGUGAUUGUACCAGUGAAUGAAAAAUUAAAGUAAUAAAAUAUAUAGUUUAAAGGGGUAAAGCAACUGUCACACUUUAUGUGUUAAUUUUUAUGUAAUUUGUGCCAUUUUUUAUUUUUUAGAUAUUUUAAAAAUAAGCUUGAAUUGAAAGGUCAAAAUAAAGAAAAACUGUUUUAAUUGGAA